AAUUUCGUUAAAGGGGAGCUGAGGCUUCUGCUUUAACUGCGGUACCUCAAAAACAGGGGUAGGGGUGGGGGAUUAAUUUCUAAUUCUAACCAGAUUCAGCCCAGUAGGUCCCCUGCUCCCAAGUGCUAGGAGGGAAAGGGGAGAAGGAGGUGGCUUUGGAAGGGGUUACAUCUCUCCCCUGUGCCUUACCCGCAGUGCACAAAAAGCCAAACGUGUUUGCUCCAUUAUUCUAUCCGAUAUCGGUAAGAAGGGACUUUUUCUCUGGAGCGUUCUUGAAAUGCCUCUGUUUCUGUUUUGGUUUUUCCAAGACUAUUGAGAUUACUUAAAUUCCCUAAAAUACUUGCUCAAAUGUGGAAGCCUAUUUUGCAUUCAGAUCACAAAGGCAUGCUGAAAAUUAUUUUUCCUUUAAUUUAACGCAACAGAGAUGGCUUCCUCUUCCCCUUCAGCCCUUCCCCAUCCCCCCACAAGCGUUCAUAUGGAAAGCCUCACACUUGGCGGGAGGGGAAAGAAAUGGAUUAAGAAGAACUGUUUCCCCAUAUCUAUCAAUGCCAGCGUCCUUUUCUUCCACCCAUUUAACAUGCUUGUGUUACUAUAUUUCAUCUUAAAUCAUUGUUUAAUGGUCUCUGCCUUCCCUUGUAAUUUACAUGUACAAGUGAGCAUACAUACAAUUUCCGUGCACCACCCCCCCCUCCCCUGCCAUUGCAAGAUAUCUGGCUAUAUCAGUAGCAUUGCCUCUGGCCUUGGAUGCAAGCCCUUCUGGUGGCUCUGGCCUGGCCAUCCCAAUAUGACCUGCCUGGGCACUCUGGGCCACAGGAACGGCUUUCACCAAUGUCCCUUGCAGGGACUCAGAAUAUCCUGAGUGUACUGCUUGCGUUUAGGGCAAGAAGUAAAGUCAAUGGUGUAUCUAAAAGUAAUCUAUAUUUGGAGGAAUGGAGACAAUGUAAACGAUCUCUGUCAGUUUUCUCAGCCCAAAUAUAUGCGGCAUAAGCCUCUUAUUUUGAGAGGAUCUCACGUAGAUUUAGUGUGUGGCUACUCAAAUUCUUAAAUUCUUAGUUGUCUAUGUUUUAGGCGCUAGAGGGUCAGUUAAAAUUCAUGCUUGCAGAAGGAAGACACAAUCAUUUCUUUAAAAGAAAAAAAAAAAGGAUUGUUUAUGUAGCCUUGUAUUAAUGCUGCUGCUGUUGUUGUUGCAGGAUACAAGCAAAAUAACGAAAGCAAACCUUGAUCAUUCUUUCAAAAUGAAAUGUGAUUUUAAUUAUACCUCUCUUCACACUGGAGUCAUGUCGUCAAAGUCUGCCGUGGAAAAAAUAAGACUGGAAGAAUCCUGCCCCUCAAGUUAUGAGGAAAGGUUUUGUAAAGACUGUGCUGAAGAGCAUCAGAAAGUAUUCCUUAGUGAAUCAUACCAUGCAGUCCCCAGAAAUCUAGAUCUUGAAGAUGAAGGAAGGCCUGUACAUAACAAAGAAAACAAACAAGUAACCCAGAGACUUGAUGAAGGUGUCUAUGAAAUGGAGGCCCUGGAAAAUAGUAAAUUUAAUGAUGACAGUGGUUACUCCUCUAUGUUAAGCAAUCAAUACAGUGAUUCAGUAGAGCAUGAGGAUAGUAUACCCUUGGCUGGAAAUCUCUGUGCCACACCAAAGCAUUGUCUCAUGAAGAACCAAAACCAAGUACCGUUUUCAAAGAAGACUUUGUUGCCAGUAAUCCAUUAUGAAGAAAUGAUUUGCUCAACUUUGAAAAAAAGUGGUAAAAGAAAUCUCAAGUCUUGGACUUCAAUAGACAGGAUUGUUUUUAGGGGAAAGUUUGAACUUCAUAACCUAAUUGGAAAGAAAAUGGGGUUAGACAGAAUAGACGUUCUUGCCGAACUCUUCCAAAAGAACCUGAAGCAUAUAUUAGCAAACAUCUUAAAGCAUCUUGAUGAGAUGGAUUUAAUAAAUGUUGCCAAAGUUAGCACAACGUGGAAGAAGAUUCUACAUGAAGAUAAAUGGGCUUUCCAAACAUAUAGUAAAGCUGUGAAAAACAUUUCUGAUGGCAGUAAAACAUCAGAGCAUGCUGCAACAAGGGAAUAUGUUCUCUACCGAGCAGCUUUAGCUUCUGUUCAGAAAGCUACCCCACCAAAAAACUUGAGUAAAAAAGGCACCAGAUCCAAAGCAUCUAAGAAUCAUAGCAGGCUCAUGGAGUUUUCUGAGGCCGCCAAGACUUUGAAAAACACUGAAAGCCUUAAAGUCUGCCAUCGCUGUGGCUCACCUGCAAAGUAUGACUCCUAUCUACACAGAGCAAUAUGCAACCGUGAAAGCUGUGGCUUUGACUUUUGCACAAAGUGCAUGUGCAGCUACCACAGCUCCAGUGACUGCAUGAGUGGCAAACCAGUGAAACCAAACUCUAAGCUAGGGCCGCUUCCUGGGACUAAGAAAAGCAAACAGAAUCUACGGCGAUUGUGAUCCAUCCUAACACAAGUUGACAGAUAAGCCAUAAAAGUUCUUUCAGAUAUAAAGUUACCUAAGAAGAAAACCAAACAUGAAAAUGCUUCCUGCUACUCUAUAUUCAAAAAACAAAAAAAGUUAAUGUAAUGUUUGGUCUUGUCUAAAUUCCUGAGAAUUUUCACAAAUAGCAAUUUUAAAAUAUUUUACUAAUUAAUAAGUAUAAAAGAAAACUCUGGAUAUGGAUCCUAAUAACCUUUUAAAUAUAGUCCUGACAGUUUCUAUCUGCAGUGUUGCAGUCUUCAAAAACUGCCCACAGUAAUAUUGAACAAAGUAAAAAAGAGUUACCUUUGGCAAGCAACUUUCCAUGUGUAACAUUAGCAAUUCUUGACUAGCAGAAGGGGAAAGCAUAAAUUUUGUUUUAAUUAAGUAUUAGCUCUUGUUGUUCCAAAAGUCUUUUAAAGCUUUUAUAGUGAAAAUUUAAAGUGAGGUGGGUAAGGUCUGUUUUAACACAAAAUUCUGUGAGGACUCCAGAUGUUACUAUUUUUUUGAGGCUUUGCCUUAAUUUUAAAAUGUGAAAGUUCAAAAUACCAUUUCAUCUGCUGAUUUGCCUUAUGUGAAUCUCUUGUUGCUGUGCCUUCAU